AUGAAAGCGGCGAAAAGUGGCGGCAGGAUGGCAUUUCCGUGGAUUAAAAUUAAACCCCUGCUGAUGCUGCUAGCACUAAUGUUCAUUUUCUUCAGCUGCUGUCUGGGCGGCAAGACGACCACCUUUGUCAGCCACACAGACACCCUGGAUCCGCAGGCCGAUGGCUUCUGGGCCAACAAGACCACUUGGAACGCCCGGUGGGUGAAGUACUGGCGGGCCAAGAAGAUCUACGAGCCGGUGUGGAAGAAGGUCUGGACACCCACCAUCCACAACGAGUGGGUGCCCCUGCCCAACGCCCCCAACGAAUGGGAGACGGAGAAGGGCCACUCGUACAAAUGA